ACAGCCUCAGCCGGCUGCGAGAAAAUCCGCGUCCAUUGGAUCAAAGCGCCAUGACGCUCUCUGGGGCUUUCUUCUCCCGCUCUUCAUCUUCCGCCCUGCGAACUUCUAUGAGCUCAAUUGCUUUUGGUCUCUUUUAAUCCUCUGUUCCACCGUUUCUCCCCUUUCCUCUUUCUUCAUCAGCCUUCGAUUUUCCUGCUGCAAUGCCUACUUGAAGUGGUUUUAGGUCUGAUCGUUGAUCAAAUUUUGCUGGAUGGAACCUCGAGUUGGAAACAAGUUCCGUCUCGGCCGGAAGAUUGGCAGCGGAUCGUUUGGAGAGAUCUACCUCGGUACUAAUAUUCAGACAAAUGAAGACGUUGCAAUUAAGCUUGAAAAUGUCAAGACCAAGCACCCCCAACUGUUGUAUGAAUCGAAGUUGUAUAAAAUACUACAGGGAGGAACUGGAAUCCCAAACUUAAAAUGGUUUGGAGUUGAAGGAGACUACAAUGUGCUUGUAAUGGAUUUACUGGGGCCUAGUCUUGAAGAUUUAUUCAACUUUUGCAGUAGGAAGUUGUCCCUCAAAACUGUUCUGAUGCUUGCUGAUCAGAUGAUAAAUCGAGUUGAAUUUGUCCAUUCUAAAUCAUUUUUACAUCGUGACAUCAAGCCAGACAACUUCCUCAUGGGUUUAGGGAGGCGUGCUAAUCAAGUGUACGUCAUUGACUUUGGCCUUGCUAAGAAAUAUAGAGACACUUCGACUCAUCAGCAUAUCCCUUACAGAGAGAAUAAGAAUUUAACAGGAACUGCAAGAUAUGCUAGCAUGAAUACUCAUCUUGGAAUUGAGCAAAGCCGUAGAGACGACUUGGAGUCACUUGGAUACGUUCUUACGUAUUUUUUGAGAGGAAGCCUUCCUUGGCAGGGACUGAAAGCUGGCACUAAGAAGCAGAAGUAUGAAAAGAUUAGUGAGAAGAAAGUUUCUACUUCUAUUGAGGCUCUCUGCCGUGGUUAUCCAUCAGAAUUUGCAUCAUACUUCCAUUAUUGCCGGUCACUUCGGUUUGAUGAUAAACCUGAUUAUGCUUAUCUAAAGAGGCUCUUCCGUGACCUUUUUAUUCGUGAAGGAUUUCAGUUUGAUUAUGUCUUCGACUGGACCAUUUUGAAAUAUCAACAAUCUCAAAUUGCCACUCCUCCUGCCCGUGGUGUUGGUCCUGGUGUUGGACCAAGCUCUGGCAUGCCACCAAUGGUUGCAAAUGCUGAUAGACAUCUAGGUGGGGAAGAUGGUAGGCACACUGGUUGGACUUCAUCAGAUCCUACUCGGAGGAGAAACUCUGGACCCAUUGCAAAUGAUGGCAUCUUACCGAGACAAAAGGCCCCAGUUGCAAAUGACUUGGCUGGUUCUAAAGAUGUUACGUUGUCAAGCUCCAAUCUCUUCCGGUCAAGUGGAUCACAAAGACGAGGUGCUGUUUCUGGCAGUCGUGAUGCAAUUGUUAGCAGUGAGACUGAACGCUCUCACCAUCUUCCUGUGGAUGCAAGUCCUGGAGCACUUCGCAAAGUCUCUGGCGCUCAAAGAGGUUCACCUAUUUUAUCAUCAGAACAAAACAGAACUUCAUCUGGAAGAAACGUGUCAAAUGCAAAGAAUUUUGAGUCAACACUCAGAGGCAUCGAGGGCCUGCAUUUUAAUGAUGAUAGGGUGCAGUAUUAGCAGUUGCCUCUCCUGGUACUUUGUAAAUUCUGAAAAAGUUUCAUACUCUUUCACAUGCUUUACUCAAAGGAGUGUUAUCUGUGCAUUGUUGGGAGAAAGCUGCAACAAGUUGGGAAGUCACUUUAAGAAGUAUACAGUAAAGACAUGCUUAGGUGGAUUCCUGACAAUCUCUGGCCUGUUAACGAGGCUUUUGUUAAUACUGUUAAUGUACUGAUAUUGGCUUUGCGUCCUUUUUACUAUAAAUUUUCUUCACUUUUUAACCAUGCUUUUUGAUAUCUGUGAAAUAUUUGAAUUUAAACUAUUAUACUAUGAGGACUUCUAAGUAGGGGAAUGCGAGAGAUUAUGUGAUCGCUGAGCAAGAUGUGAACAUGAUUAUGGGUUGAAGAUGUCUUGUUUGUAUAACAA